ACGUCACACAGAUGCGGCGGCGUGCGUGGUGACGCCAGCGGCUCUUCCCAGCAUGCAGUGCUCGAGUGAAGAUGGCGGAAGGCGGCGCGGCGGAUGUGGAGACGCAGAGAGGAGAGAUCGCGACGCUCCUGAAGACGCCGCUGCGCAGAGCAGACACCUGGUAUCUGGUGGACAGUCACUGGUUCAAGCAGUGGAAGAAGUAUGUGGGCUUCGACAGCUGGGACAAGUACCAGAUGGGCGAGCAGAGCGUGUACCCGGGACCGGUGGACAACCGCGGGCUGCUCAGAGAUGGGGACGCCACGGGCAUCAGAGAGCACCUGAUCGACGAGCUGGACUACAUCCUGCUGCCGGCCGACGGCUGGAGCCGCCUGGUGAGCUGGUACGGCCUGACGGAGGGACAGGAGCCCAUCGCCCGCAAGGACCUGAAGCUUUUCAAUGAUGUUUGAUGACUGAGGACACUUUACAAUACAUGGAUAACCAGACAGAUGAUUGUGAGGGUGACCCUGAGCAGCUCUUCGUGGUGUUCAUUAUUCAGAAGGAGCUGGAGAACUUCAUGAACCACCUGCUGACAUUGUGAUCGAGGGAGAUAAAGUUUUGAAUCAACUCGCUUCAGUCACAUGAUCAGCUUGUGCCCUGCUUCUGGAUGCCUUACAUCCAGUGAGGGCUGAGAAAAGGAGGCCUCAAAGUUUGUAUUUGCCGUUUCUGCAAAACUGGCUCCGUUAUGAUCCUGAUCAGCUUUCGGGCAUUGCUCGUGGUGGGAAUCCCUGAGUGCGUCAGAGUAUCAAUUUAAUGAAUAAGGACAUACUUUUUGCAUCAGAAGAGCUUCAAUCCUUAAAGCUUCAAGUCCUGAACAGUGAACUGUGGUAGUGUUUCAGCCUGUAGUACUGUGUGUCUUCGUUGGUGAGUUUCCAUGUGUAUUUACUUCCAUUUUACAGAUGCAGAUUGCAUUUAUUAUGUUGUC